AGUGGUAGCCCCUUUACCCGCCGGAAGACGAUAACAUAACCCUGGCUAGGACAUCUGCACUCCAUCGCCACACUUCGCUCCGUCAGCAAACCGUUCGGGACAAGAAAAACUUCACCAUGGCUAAUAUGAUCGUGGCGAUCGUCCUUGCGUUGGGUCUGGUGCUGGGUGCCUCUGCACAGUACGAAAGCCACGCCAGAAUCCCGGAACCGAGGAUUAAUCGUGCCGUGACGGAGACUGUGACGAGGACGAACACGGUGACGCACACGUUCCGCGUGACGACGACAAGCGACAUCUGGGUGACGGAGAGCACCUUCGUGGAGCUCCCCGUGACGGUGUACACGACGGAGCGCGACUACGUGCCCGAGGUGCCCAGGACGGUGACCUCGGUGCUCAGGGUCACCACCACACCGGUCUUCGUAAAAACCGCCGAGGAUUUCGUGAAUCCCUCCCGAACCUUCGUUUCCGUCUACACAAGCUUUGUUACCGUCACAGAGACUGUUCAAUUCUGGCAGAGCAUCUAUCACAUCUCUACUGAUUUCCAGAUUACCACAAUACCAGUUUGGACUACCCAAGAACUUCUCCAGCAGUUGGUCACCACCACGACCCAUUACGUCACUAGCUUCGUUACUUCUACGCAAGCAUACUACGGCCAUUAAAAUAAACCAUGGUGGAUAAUUUUCGUUAAAA